AUGAAAAGUAUAUUACUGAUUUAUCCUUUGCUCUUUACCGCAGUUAAUUCUCAACUAUCGUGCGAUGAUGUAUCAUGCAUUGAUCGAGUUGGAUGGGGUGCACAAAAAUCAACUGCAAUAACAAAUUUAACGAGUCAAUCUCUGUCAUUUUAUGUUAUUCAUCAUUCUGCGAGUCCACCUUGUUAUGAUGAUGUCUCAUGUGUGAAGCAAGUCAAAGGAAUUCAACAUUAUCAUCAAAUUGAUCGAAGAUGGGCCGAUAUUGGUUAUAAUUUUUUAGUCGGUGAAAAUGGAAAAGUUUAUGAAGGUCGAGGAUGGAAUCGUGAAGCUGCUCAUUCGCUCGGAUGGAACAAUGGCUCAUACGGUAUUUGUAUUAUUGGUGACUUUACAACGGCAUCUCCAAAUGAAAAAGCAUUAAAUGCAAUUCGUUCAUUGAUGGAUUGUGGUAUGAAAAGUGGUCAUGUCAAAGAAAAUUAUUAUAUUAUUACUCAUCGGCAAUCGCAACGGCUCGGCUAUACAGACUGCCCUGGCAAUGGUAUGCUGGAUGUUGUAAGUAAAUGGCCUCGAUACUGUUCAUUUCAAAAUUCUGGAGCUUCUUUAGAGACGAAUCAAGCACCAAUAUCUCUUGCUCUUGAUUUUUGUGAAAAAGACUUUUCAUCUACUGCAUCUUCUUCGCUUGAAAUGAAAUAUUUUGUUAUGAGCUCAAGUAAAAAUCCAGAAAACGAAAUUCAAUUUAGUGGCUCAAGCUAA